UUGCGGUUGCGGGGGGCCAUGGAGCCGGGCCCCGCCGCGUCCCCAGGGCCCUCCCGCUCCUUCAAGGAGGAGCUGCUUUGCGCCGUCUGCUACGACCCCUUCCGCGACGCCGUGACGCUGCGCUGCGGCCACAACUUCUGCCGCGGCUGCGUGACCCGCUGCUGGGAGGUGCAAGUGGCGCCCACCUGCCCGGUGUGCAAGGACCGCGCGGCGCCCGCCGACCUGCGCACCAACCACACGCUCAACAACCUGGUGGAGAAGCUGCUGCGCGAGGAGGCCGAGGGCGCGCGCUGGGCCGGCCACCGCUCCCCGCGCCUCUGCCGCCCGCACCGCGGCCAGUUCAGCCUCUUCUGCCUGGACGACAAGGAGCUGCUGUGCUGCGCGUGCCAGGCCGACCCCCGGCACCAGGGCCACCGCGUGCAGCCGGUGAAGGACACCGCCCACGACUUUCGGGCCAAGUGCAGGAACAUGGAGCACGCGCUGCGGGAGAAGGCCAAGGCCUUCUGGGCCAUGCGGCGGUCCUACGAGGCCAUCGCCAAGCACAAUCAGGUGGAGGUGGCCUGGCUGGAAAGCCGGAUCCGACGGGAGUUUGACAAGCUGCGCGAGUUCCUGAGGGUGGAGGAGCAGGCCACCCUGGACGCCGUGGCCGAGGAGGCGCGGCAGAAGCAGCUGCUGGCCGAGGAGAAGAUGAAGCGGCUGGCGGAGGACACGGAGGCGCUGGCCCAUGAGAUCGAGCGGCUGCAGAUGGAGAUGAAGGAAGACGACGUGUCCUUCCUCAUGAAACACAAGAGCCGGAAACGUCGCCUCUUCUGCACCAUGGAGCCGGAGCCCGUGCAGCCCGGCUUGCUCAUCGACGUGUGCAGGUACCUGGACUCGCUGCAGUACCGCGUCUGGAGGAAGAUGGUCACGUCCGUGGAGUCUGUGCCCUUCAGCUUCGACCCCAACACCGCGGCCGGCUGGCUGUCCGUGUCCGACGACCUGACCAGCGUCACCAACCAAGGCUACCGCGUGCAGGUGGAGAACCCCGAGCGCUUCUCGUCGGCGCCCUGCCUGCUGGGCUCGCGCGCCUUCUCGCAGGGCUCGCACGCCUGGGAGGUGGACCUGGGGGCGCUCACGCCGCCGCUGGUGCCCGCCGUCCCGCGCCGCCUGCGCGUGGAGCUGGAGUGCGAGGAGGGCGAGCUGUCCUUCUACGACGCCGAGCGCCACUGCCACCUGUACACCUUCCACGCGCGCUUCGGGGAGGUGCGGCCCUACUUCUACCUGGGCGGCGCGCGCGGCGACGGCCCGCCCUCGCCGCUGCGCAUCUGCCCCCUGCGCGUCACCGUCAAGGAGGAGCUGGACAGCUGAGGCCCCCCCGAAGCCGGGGAGCCCGUCCCGCCGCCCCGGGGCUCUCCGCCCACAUCUCCGCCCGCCGCCCCCUCUCGGGUCCCCCUCUCUGGGCGGCCGUGGGCGGCCCUGAGGAGACACCUCGCCAGCCGGGGGCUCCUGGGCGGGGGCACCUCGGGACCGGAACUUCCUCAGCCGGACCCCAGGAUUUCUAGUCUCGGGGUCCCCCUCUCUCGGCAGCCCGUGGGAGGCCCUGAGACACCUCGCCAGCCAGGGGCUCCUGGGCG